AUGAACACUUUAGCUCCUCAACAAGAUAGUUCAAAGUCAAAGCGCCCACGACUUAAUCCUGAACAAAUGGAAGUAUGUCAUUUGGUAAGAGAUCCAGGAAUUCGACCAAUGAUUUGGAAGUUUCAUCCAAGUAAAAGAGAUGAAAUUCGUCGAGCUUAUCUUAAAGCUGGACCAAAUCAACCAAUACUUGAUAAGUAUCCAUUCUCAAGCGAUACAAGUCAUCGUCGUCGUUUUCAAGCUUCUUGGUUUGAAUUAUAUCCUUCAUGGUUAGAGUAUUCUAUUGAAGAUGAUGCUGUAUAUUGUUUACCAUGCUACCUAUUUGCUAUGGAAUCUUCAAUCAAUACAGAUUCAAAUGCUUUCAUUGAAAACGGCUUCAGAAAUUGGAAGAAGGUAAAUAGUGGAAAAGAUUGUCCUCUUUUGAAUCACAUUGGCAAAGGCCCCAAUUCGUUCCAUCAUAGGGCAACGAAAUCAUGUGAUGAUUUGAUGAAGCAAUCACAACACGUUGAUACAAUUAUGAAACGACAAACAUCAGAGGAAAUUAAAAAUAAUCGACGUAGACUUGGAGCAUCUAUUGAUUGUAUUAGAUGGUUGACUUUUCAAGGUUGCGCUUAUAGAGGCCAUGAUGAAAGCUCGAGUUCAGAUAAUCGAGGUAACUUUAUUGAAUUGUUAAAGUUUUUGGAUUCUUACAAUAGUAGUGUUCAGAAUCUUGUUUUGAAAAAUGCUCCUAGAUUUGCUAAAUAUACUUCAAGUGAUGUUCAGAAAGAAAUUCUACAUGUUCUUGCUACAAUGCUCGUGAUGAAUCUAAAAAAAGAGCAAAUGACUAUUGUUUUGAGAUUUGUUGAUGUGGAUGGUUUUGUUCGUGACCGCUUCUUUGAUCUUGUACAUGUUAGUGAUACUAGUGCAUUAACUUUGAAAAAAGAGUUGGUGUCUGUGCUUUCUAUUUAUAAUCUCCAAAUUGAAAAUAUUCGAGGUCAAGGAUUGCAGUUAGCACUAGUGGCUGCUUCAAGGGAAGUACUUCAAAUUCCUGAGUUUUUCACACAAUUGACUGCUAUUGUCAAUAUUGUUAGUGCAUCUUGCAAACGACAUGAUCAACUACAAGAAGCUCAAGAAAUUGAAAAUGCAAAAUUGGUUGUCAAUGAUGAGCUAAAAACAGGUCAAGGUGCAAAUCAAAUGGGCACUUUACAAAGAGCUGGAGAUACAAGAUGGAGUUCUCACUUUCAUUUUGUUUGUAGCUUGAUAAGAAUGUUUGCAGCUACUCAAACCGUUCUUAAUAACAUUAUUGAUGAUGGUACAACUUUUGUUCAAAGAGCAAUUGACUCUCAAAUUCAAGAGUUAAAUAGUAGAUUCAAUGAAGAAACCAUGGAGCUUUUGACUUUAAGUACUGCUUUGGACCCUAAAGACAAUUUUAAGUUGUUUAAUAUUCAGAAUAUAUGCAAGUUAGCUGAAAAUUUUUAUCCUUCAAAUUUUUCUGAUCAUGAAAUGAUUCUCUUGAAUGCUCAAUUGCAACAUUAUGCAUUUAAUAUACCGAAUCAUCUAAAAGAUAUUGGGACACUUUCUGAGUUAUGUCAAAGAUCGAAGAAAACAGAAAAAUCAAGAACUUAUCAUUUAGUUGAUAGACUGAUUCGCAAUGUCUUGACUCUUCUAGUAUCUACAGCAACAACAGAAAGAGCUUUCUCGGCAAUAAAAAUUGUUAAAACAAGACUUCGGAGUAAAAUGGCAGACGAAUUUCUUGUAGAUAAUUUAGUCAUUUACAUUGAGAAAGAAAUUGCAGCUACUUUCAGUACAGAUUCAAUAAUAGAUGACUUUGAAUCAAGAAAAAAACGUCGAGCUCAAUUGUCUAUGUAA